GCCAGUUCUGAAGCCCAUCUGUGGGCAAGUGUGAGGGGCUCCGCACGUGGGGUUGGGGCUGGCAGCCGGCAGGAGGGCUGAGCGUGUGUUUGGUUCAGUGUGUCGUGCCUGGGGGUGGUGUGUAAGCGUCGUCUCCUUGGGGUUUGAGCGGGGGAGAAAUCAAUGUGGUCAUUAGUCGUGGAAAGAAUUCCACCCAGGGUGCCGGGACCAGCGUGCGUGGAAGCCCAUCCGAUGGUACCUCACAGGGACUAGGAGAGACGAGCCUGGUCGGACAGUGGGAAUGUGAACCUCUUACCUAAGAGCUCCAAGGAGUUUGGCUCCGUGGACUAUUGGGAGAAGUUCUUCCAGCAGCGAGGAAAGAAAGCUUUCGAGUGGUACGGAACCUACCUGGAACUGUGCGGCGUGCUGCACAAAUACAUCAAACCCAGGGAAAAGUGCGGCCCCACUACAGCGUCAUCAUGUUUGACGUAGACAGUAAGGACCCGACACUGGGGAUGAGUUGUCCGCCGCCGGCUUUUGUGGACCAGCCUUUCCUGCAGAAGGUCAAAAGCAUCUUGACUCCUGAAGGUGGCGAAUACUUGUUCUGCUGGGAAACAGAGAAGUACCUCUUGAGUAAAAAAUAUGCCUCCCAAGUUCAAGCGCCACCUAAAUGACGAUGAUGUCACUGGUUCUGUGAAAAGUGAAAGGAGGAAUCUUUUGGAAGAUGAUUCAGAUGAAGAAGAAGACUUUUUUCUAAGGGGACCAUCUGGACCAAGAUUUGGACCUAGAAGUGAUAAAAUUAAGCAUGUUCAGAAUCAGGUGGAUGAAGUUAUUGAUGUCAUGCAAGAAAAUAUUACAAAGGUAAUUGAAAGAGGGGAGAGACUAGAUGAACUACAGGACAAAUCAGAAAGCUUAUCGGAUAAUGCAACUGCUUUUAGCAACAGAUCGAAACAACUUCGAAGGCAAAUGUGGUGGCGUGGAUGCAGAAUAAAAGCCAUCAUGGCUUUGGUUGCUGUUACCCUUUUGCUAGUGAUUAUCAUUCUUAUAGUCAUGAAAUACCGUACUUGAUUUGGUGACAGAGAUCUUCAUUAUGCAAGAUCUGGGACAACAGUAAUAAAAGAUUGCUGCAUAAUUUAAAUGAAACCCAUGUAUAUAACUUUCAAAACUUCUUUUUCAAGAAACUAAGAGGCAAGUAUCACUUCAAAUUGGAGCAUUGAGAAUGUCCAGUUAUCUUCUUCCCUUCUAACAAAAUGUGUCUUUAAAAAUUAUGUUUAAGGCAAAGAUAGCCAGCCUCUAUUUUGCCAUAUUCCAAGGAUCUAAUUUGAAACCGGAUACUUGCCAGUUUAUUGUUUGUAUACAUAAUUAAACAGUGAUGGCGAUACUGCAGACUGUUAGUAGAAGGACCUGCAUUAUCGCAUCGACCUGGGGUCAGACCAGGAGUCCAGAAAGAAGCCCAUGGAGAGCACCAGAUCAUUGUGCUAAGACAUGCACCGUCGUUCCAUCGGUAUUUGCGAGAUUCUUCACACAUUACAGUUGCUUUGCGAGCAAUUUCCACGUUUAUGGGCGUAACAAAAGCUAAAUGUUGUAAAUGUUGCUGCCUUCAGCUAUAACUAAAACAUUCCAGUAAACCUAUUUUUGACUGUAUAAGGGAAUGUGUAGUAAUUUUUUGGCAUUUGGAUUAUGGAACUGGAAAAUUUAAACAAUAUGAAAAGCAUAGUAUGGCACCAUAAAACUGGAGAUAAUAAAAUUCUUGGAGAACAUCAUUGGAGUGUUUGAACAUGAAUAGCAUGGUUCAGUCUGAUUCCAGUUAGCCUGCAAUAAGGAGGGACAAUCCUGAUGUGAGUAAAUGAAAUCCACAGGUAACUUAUUCCUUAAUUUUGUUUUCUUUGAUAGCUUCCCUCUUUAGUCCUUCUGCCAGAAGUGCUAAAAGUAGCAAAAUCGUCUUAGAACUUGCUACUUUUGCAUUCCUGAUCAUCCCGAGAGAUGCAUGUUGUACAAUCAA